AUGAAGGUCCCGCUCGCUCUGCUCACCUGCCUGACGGCGGCGGCUCAGGCCCGUUUCGCCUUCCGGCCCACCCAGCCUCCUUUCAAGGCCGACGAUGUAGACGGACUUCUCUCCAAGCGCGCGCUCGGCAGCUUCGAGCAGCUCAUCGACCACAAUGACCCGGAACUGGGCACCUUUCAACAGCGGUUCUGGUGGAACAGCACUUUCUGGAAGGGACCUGGCUCUCCGAUUGUCCUCUUUACCCCUGGCGAAGAGGACGCCGAGGAAUACACCGGAUACCUGACGGACCGCGCUCUCACGGGCGCCAUUGCCAAGGAAAUUGGCGGCGCCGUUAUCAUGGUUGAGCACCGCAACUGGGGCACCUCCCUGCCGUACGCCCUCCAGGACACGAAGAACCUCCAGCAACACACCGUGGCAAACGCCGUCCAGGAUCUCGUCUACUUCGCUCGCAACGUCGAGCUGCCCUUCGACACCAACAGCAGCAGCAACGCUCCCCAGGCCCCGUGGGUGUACACCGGCGGCUCCUACUCGGGCUACUUGGCCGCCGCCAUCGCCAAGCUGGCCCCGGGAACGUUCUGGGCCUACCACGCCAGCAGCGCCCCCGUCGAGGCCAUCAACUACUACUGGUCCUACUUCCUCCCGAUCCAGGAGGGCAUGCCCAAGAACUGCAGCCGCGACUUCGAGCGCAUCAUCGAACACGUCGACACCGUCUUGAACAACGGCACAAAGGACGAGAUUUACGCCCUCAAGAAGAAGUUCCUCAUGCAGGACCUCCCCCACGACGAUGACUUUGCCUCCGCCUUGUCUUCGCCUCUGGGCUUGUGGCAAUCCAUCCAGCAGUACGACGGCUACUCGGAGUUCUACCAAAUGUGCGACACCGUCGAGGGCGUCGCCGGCAACGCCACAUCCGGCAACUCCACAGCCCCCGGCCCCGACGGUGUCGGCCUGCCCAAGGCCCUCGACAACCUGGCCGCAUGGUGGCGCGCCAAUAUGAUUAAGAAUGUUUGCGCGUCCUACAGAUAUAAAGAUUGGCAAGACCCCAUGAGCGUGGCCUGCUGGGACACGUACAACGCGUCGAGCCCCGGCUACACAGACUGGAGCGCUGCAAACGUCUUUGGCCGCACUUGGUACUGGAUGUUGUGCAACGAGCCCCUGUUCUACUGGCAGACUGGUGCUCCCGAGGACCGCCCGACCAUCGUCUCGCGCCUCACCACGCCCGAGUACUUCCAGCGCCAGUGUGGUCUCUUCUUCCCGAAGCAGGGAGAGUACACUUUCGCCGCCGACCUCGGCAAGACCGCAGACGACGUGAACAAGGUAACCGGCGGAUGGGAUUUCACCAACACCACUCGCCUGGUCUGGACGAACGGUGGAUUCGACCCCUGGCGCUCCGCCUCCGUGUCCAGCGAGCUCCGCCCCGGCGGUCCCCUCCAGUCGCGCCCCGGCGCGCCGGUGAACCUCAUCCCCGGCUCGCGCCACUGCAACGACCUGCUCACCGAGAACGCCGAGGUCAACGCGGACGUGAGGGCCGCCGUAACGGCCGAGGUCGCCCAGCUCAAGACCUGGGUCGCCGAGUUCUACAACGGCAAGGUGACGCAGAAGCGCCGUAUCGCGGCGACGUCUAGCUAG